CCUGACAGGCUGACACGUCCAUCCUCCACUCCUGCUCCGCCUUCGUCUUUUCAGUCCACCUCCCUCUCCUGCAUCGACCCUGCAGUCCAGAGCCCGGAAGCGUGAGCCACCUCCGCUUCCAGGAGCUUCUCGAAGGGGGCCGCCGAUGACCCUCUGAUCGUCCGUCGCCAUGGGCUGCGCCGGAUCCACCCCUAAAUCUGACGAUAGCAGUAAGAAGCUGAAAAAAACAAAGCCUUGGAAGCACACUCAGUCAAUUACACCAGCACAACUCAAACAGAUGCGCGAAGAAUUCUGGGACACUACUCCUCACUAUGGUGGACAGAAAGAGAUCUGGGAUGCACUUCGGGCCGCUGCAGAAGCUGAUUUAUCUCUUGCGCAAACCAUAGUAGACAGUGCUGGCAUCAUUGUCUCAAAUUCUGACAUGACACUCUGCUACGACGAAAGAGGUGCCAAAUACGAACUACCAAAGUACGUUCUGAGCGAGCCGACUAAUUUCAUCCGGGAGGAAUGAAUUCAUAGACCACGAAGGAUUCGUGUAAAUCAUGUAAAUCUCAUUUGUCCGGCGACUUUAGUCUUUACUUGCUCAAAACUUCAAUGGAGAUGCCACAUUCAGUUUACAGUUCUGGUCUGAGUUGUUAUGGACUUGUAGUGUUCGUAUCUCUUUCUAGGCCGACACCCGAGUAUGGUACACUGAGCUGUCGAAACCCAGAAAUAGGAAAAAUAUAGAAUUGCAAUGUUAUAUUUUUUUCAGACAAAUUGCAAUGUUAUAUGUACAUUUAUUUAGGCAAAUUUUAUGUGUACUUUUUUUU